AGCAAUUGAUUCUUAAAAAUGUGAGUAAAUGGCUGGAGAUGAGACGAUAAGCCUGCCACACGUACUAGAAAAUUAAGUUGUUGGGAGAUGUAGAAGAGGGAGCCUUCAGAGAGGCAAUGGAGAAAAACCGAAGUGAGAAUGAGAAUCAUGGAUCCUACAGACCAACAGCUGCUGGUGGUGCAAUGGUGGCAGGAUCCCGAGGGCCAAGCAGAUGUGCAAUAGCCCCUGCUGAGGGCGUUACCAUUGUGAAGCCGAUCGUGUAUGGAAACGUCGCCCGGUAUUUUGGGAAGAAAAGAGAGGAGGACGGUCACACGCACCAGUGGACGGUUUACGUGAAGCCCUACAGGAACGAGGAUAUGUCUGCCUAUGUCAAAAAAAUUCAAUUCAAGUUGCAUGAAAGCUACGGUAAUCCUUUACGAGUUGUUACCAAACCGCCUUAUGAAAUCACCGAAACGGGCUGGGGUGAAUUUGAAAUAAUCAUUAAGAUAUUUUUCAUUGAUCCAAAUGAGAGACCUGUAACCUUGUAUCACUUGCUGAAGCUUUUUCAGUCUGAUACCAAUGCUAUCCUGGGAAAGAAAACUGUAGUUUCUGAAUUCUAUGAUGAAAUGAUAUUUCAAGACCCUACUGCAAUGAUGCAGCAGCUGUUGACAACAUCUCGUCAGCUAACGCUAGGUGCUUAUAAGCAUGAAACAGAAUUUGCAGAUCUUGAAGUAAAAACCAGGGAAAAGCUGGAAGCUGCCAAAAAGAAAACUAGUUUUGAAAUUGCUGAACUGAAAGAAAGACUAAAAGCAAGUCGUGAAACCAUCAACUGUUUAAAGAAUGAAAUCAGGAAACUUGAAGAGGAUGAUCAGUCUAAGGAUAUGUGACGAGCGCUGACUUGAUAAGGAACCUUUCAGGAUACUGAAAACAGAAGGACUUGAGUCCUGGAAUUGUAUUUGUCCUCUCCAGUACUGUAACUGAGACUAACAUGAAUUUCACUUGCAAGUGAUUGAAGUGCGUGGCAAUUGACUUCAUAAAUGGAAGAAAAAAGAAAGGAUGUAUCCUAGUUUUAUAGUUGAAAUCUGUGGGUACUUAAUCAUUUAUUUCAAGUAGAAGGGGUCUUGGAGACCGGACUAUUUUUUUUUUUAAAACUGCAUUUGAAUGGUAUAUAAAAACUUUGUAUUAAGUCUUUUAUUAGUUCUAUGUGAUUUUACAAAAUGCCGAUGUUUACUUUUUUUACUUGUGUUGUUUUUUUUUUUUCUACUGAUCGUUUAGAGAUGCAUCUUUAAAGCUGAAAAUAAAAUAUGCUAUUUUUUAUUUUAA